AAGGAGGGGAAGCCUUUUUUUCUUUCUUUUUUUCGUAGGAGAUGGCUAUGGAGGGAUGUUUGUCACGUUGUUUGGCAGAGGAGCGGGAGAAGAGGGGGGAGCAGCGAGAGGAGCGGGAGGAGGAGGUGCGGAAGGAGGAGCAGGAGGAGGAGGUGCAGCAGGAGGAGCGCUAGGAGUAGUGGGAGGAGGGGCGGGAGAAGGAGCGCGAGGGAAACAGGAAGGGGCAGAGGAGGUGCGGGAGGAGGGGUGGGAGAAGGAGCGGGAGGAGGAGCGGAAGGGCAAACCGGGAGGGGAAGGAGGAGCGGGAGCAACAGAAGGAGGAGCUGGAGGAGCGGGAGGGGGAGGAGGAGUGGGAGGAGGAGCGGGAGAAGGAGCAGGACGGAGAAGUUGGAGAACGGGAAGGGGCGGAGGAGGCGCACGAGGAGGAGCAGGAGGAGCAGGAACCUUUUUUCUUUUUCUCUUUGUGAGAGAUGGCUAUGGCGGGAUCUUUGUCACGUUGUUUGGCGGAGGAGGAGCGGGAAAAGGGGUGGGAGCAGCGGGAGGAGGGAAGGAGGCGCGGGAGGAGGAGCAGGAAGAGCGGCAGGAGGAGCGGCGGGAGUCGCCGGGGGAAGCGGCAGGAGGGGCUGGAGAAGGAGCAUCAGGAGAAACGGGAAGGGGAGGAGAAGGCGCGGGAGAAGGAGCGAGCAUUUUGUUGCUGUCUCUCGAGAGGAAGGAUGAUGGUGGUGACGAGACACGGGAGAGGGAGGGAAAUGGUGACGAUGAUUAGGGCGUUGACGAGGAGCAUCUCAAGGGAUCUAGAU